CACGCAUAUAUCAACCUCAAGCCUAACCUCCCCAAUACACCCCAGAACAUACACCCAGCCCCCACCAACCAAAAUGACAGUCAUAGCAGUAGCAGGCGGCACCGGCGGCGUAGGCAGAACCAUCGUCGAGACCCUCCUCGAAGAAACCACCCACAAGAUCAUCAUCCUAACCCGCAGCACCCCCCAAGACCCCCCCACCUCACGAGCCCAGCACCUCCAAAUCGACUACGACGACAUCCCCGCCCUCACGGACCUCCUCACCACGGAGGGAAUCACAACCAUCAUCUCAGCCAUCGGCAUCACCACCGACGCCACCAGCCAAGCGCAACUGAACCUCAUCGACGCCGCCGAGCAGUCCCCCACCGUCACCCGCUUCCUCCCAAGCGAGUACUCUUUCAUCCAGACGGCCGACCUCCUCGAAAUCGACCCCAGCAUAAAACACUGGCUCGCAGCCGCCAACAAACUGCACCACGACGCCCCAUCCCUAAACUUCACCCGGGUCAUUCCCGGCUUCUUCAUGGAUUACUGGGGGAUGCCGCACGUACGCACGCACCUGCAGCCGGGGGUGUUUGGAAUUGACGUCCCGAACGGCCGGGCGGCGAUUCCCGGCGACGGGAACGACCGGUUGUGCAUGACGUAUACGUACGACAUGGCGCGGUUUGUGGUCCGGUUGCUGGAGGAGGUGGAUGCCGCCGAGUGGCCGGAGUUUAGUGUUGUGGUGGGGGAUGUGGUUACUUAUAAUGAGUUGCUGGGGUUGGUGGAGGAUAUCAGAGGUCGAAAAUUCUCCGUUGUAUACGACAGCCCCGAGGAGAUCAACCAAGGGCAGGUCACCGUCCCUGCCGUCCCAGAGGGCUGCACCGAGGCGGAAGCCCACGAGGUGACCGUGCUGGUCAGUCGGCUCACCAUCGCGGGGGUCUUCGAUCUGCCCGUGGAAGGGCGGCUGAAUGCGCGAUUCCCCGAGAUCAAGCCGGUCAAGGUGAAGGAGUUUCUGGUUGAUGCGUGGAAGGGGAAGAACUGAACCCUACUCCCGGGCUGUAUCCUACAUCCUACUAUCUAGUCUUGCGUAUCUUACCGUUGGAUAGGCUAGACAAACGAAAC